AUGGCUGCCAUCAAGGCGCUUCAACAGUGGUGCAAACUUCAGUGCAAUGGGUACCGAGAUGUGGCUAUCAUCAACAUGACAACUUCUUUUAGGGACGGGUUGGCGUUCUGUGCGCUUAUCCAUAAGUACAGACCGGACCUAAUGUAAGCAUUUUAAUGACUUAACCAAAAAAUAAUAAUUUGAUUUGGUUGAAGAAUUGAUGUUCAAUGUUAUGGUGAAUCAGGUGCAACAAAUCAUUAGCAGCUGCAAACAAUCAAUACGUCAAACACUACAGUGGGUACUCACUGUUAAAGCCACAGUUAGAACUUGUAAUAUUUUGAAUUAUAUGAUGAAUAGCUACCUCGGCGUUUCCCAAACUCGGUACACGAGUAAGGGAAACCUUGGCCUUCUGUCAACGUACUUUUAUCAUAACCAAGCAGUUCAUGUUUUUGUCUUUUACUUUGUCUUCUACUUUACAAACACAUUUUGUAGUUUAGGCUAUAGCUUCAAAUCAUGAUUUAGAAAAGUAAUGUUCUCGUGUAGGCCUAAUGUAAUCCCUUGAGCAGUACAUACAAUAGCAAAUAGCGAUCGUUUCUAUCAAGUUCUACUACUUAUUUUGAAAGAAAGUAUUCCCAGUGGCUUCCUGUCUGCUUAACAAUGGUGGCGGGAAUCCCCUUCUCAAGGAUCCCUUUGUCAGAUUUAGCCAGAGGCUUGACAUUUUGGUUGAGAGAUGAGGCUAGAUUAGCAUAGGCAAAUAUCCAUAUGAAUAUAAGUGAAUUUUGAACUACAAGUAAGAAAUGUUCGUUUCAUAAAGGUAUACGUGUGAUCCUUUAUUUUUAAAUCAACACAUUGCAUAAUGUCACAUGAAUGGAAAUAAAAUGUUCCCUAGUCAAUCUUAAGUCAAACAUCAUUCUUGUUUAACAAGAAAACACAUUUUGAUUUUAUGUACUCAAAGUCUAAAACAGAAAGAAACCUCACAGCAUAACCAUUCCCACAAGCUUUCUUGCUGUACUAGUGCACUAUAAUAUUAUUUAUGUAUCCCAGAAACCUGGGCAGUUAGUCACCCAAAUUCACAUGAGAAUGACCUUGUAUCAACUGCCACAAUGUGAAUGAUUCAUUUCCCUGUGUUCCAUAUUCAGAGACUACGACUCCCUGAAUAAAGAGGAUGUUUUUGACAACAACAACUUGGUAAGAUUUACUGUCUAUUUAUGCAUGUAACAUCAGCACUGUUCAAGGUUGUAAAUUGACAUGACCUUACUGAACUGUUUGGCCAUCUUAUCAGGAAGUCUGUUGGUUUGUGUUUGAGUGGAUUGCGUUGUUAGAAAUGCAUCAAGUCCUUUGUGGUAACAUUUAGGCCUAUUCUUUAUUAGCGAAGUCUCCAAAGGACUGGAAUUGUGCACCAGUCAAUUCAUGGUUAUUUUUGAUAUAUCCCUCAGAAGUGUUUCUAUAGAACUGGGGCAAAAGUUUUGCUCUGAAGGGUGAUAUUAAAUGCAACUCAUGAAAAGAAUGUGAUGGGUCACCAUAAAUGUGACCUAUUGCUUGUAACAUGCAUAGUAUGUACACGCAGUGGCCAAAUGCAGAACGUCUUUCCCAGUUGAUAACUGGACAACAUGUAUUCCUAAGAUUUCAGGUUAUUCAUAUACCAACUGUAGUUUGGGAAACCAUCUCUGCUAUUGGUGCUAUACAAGGUCUGUCUCAUGUUGCUGUUUUAUUGUGAGGAGAAUGUCAUGUGCGAGUUGUAUGGAACGUGUCAAGUCAGUAAGUCUUACACUGCCUAACAAGUCACUCGAUAGUGACUUUGGCUCAUUACUAUAUGUGACUUUGGCUAGUUACACUCAUUUCUAUUGAUACUACUUCGACAGAUGGCGGCUUAAAUAUGAACACCUGAUGAACAUCAGACAUUAUGGUUGACUUGGUUGUAUUUAACUUGAUUUUAACUCUUUGUGGAGAUAUUUGAGGUUUUUCCGUUCACCGGACUGUCUAAGUUGACAAUGUUUUAUGUUCCCCCCCUAUUUCCUUCAUACCAGGAAGUGUGUGAGGACCGUUGUGAUAAGAAUGAGUCAAACAGCAGCGCAGUUGGGACUUGUCCAUAAUUAGGAAUUCUCUCUGUGCUGGUUUCCUCUGUUUUUGAGGAUUAUAGACCGCAUAGUGUGCUAUGCACUCCAGGAUCUGUUGCAAAACACUAGCUGCUAGUCGUGCCGAUCCCCCACAGUGUCCGUUAAGAACCUGAGAACCAGAAGAGGCUCCCUGGAGUAUUCAUUAUGAAUGAGGCUUACUGUUAUCCGUGGGCCACUCGAUCCGCACGAUAAAGUUCUGUUUACAAAUGUUAGACAGUACGGUGGGACACUACACUGCUGGGGGGUUGCAUAAGAAGAAUGUGUUUUAACCCACAGUUGGGCCUUUGACGAGGACAGUUUUGUUUUGGUAACUAGUCUAUUUGACCAACCGAAUUCCUCUGUGGUGGAGUCCAAACACCCAUGUAAAUUACCCAUGGUAAUCCCAUACACAGUGACAGUAGUCCUCUGUAUUUCAUGACAAGGAGGUCCCAGUCCUUCAUGUGUGUCUCUCAGGUUUCUCUCAGUGGUGGGUCUAUCUGUCACUACAAACUCAAAUAUGCAGUUGUCUUGUCCAGACUCUGUUUCAUUACGGUACAGCAACAAUGGCCAAUUCCGUUACUGUUAUACAGAGAAUCUCACAAAUGCAGAAAUUGUUUGGCCUUUCUCCUCCUGCUCCAACACGAACGGAUAUGCCGUUCUGCAAGGCUGUACUUUAACAUUUUAAUGAGCACAUCCAGGUUGAUCCUAAACAAUGUCCCGUUCUCCUACUCCCUCUGUGUUCCCAGGGCUGAGCGUGCACAGGAAAUGUGCUAUUCAUUAUUCACCCCCUGUCCAGACCUCCCCAGCAUGGGGCCACAAACAGCUGCUGGCUGGACUUUUCUAUUUUCUAUUUCUGAAGAGACCAUUCUGUCUGGCUUAUGUUUACAGUUAAAUUAAGUAGCUGCUAUGUAUAUUAAGAAACCCUCAAGAACAUUGGGAAAGUGUUAUUCAAAUGAUGUAAGAUUUUUCCUUAGUAUUAACCUCUGCUUUGUAAAUGUUCAAAAAAUUUUCUUUUUAACUUUUUUGUAUAAACCAUUGUUAUCAGUGUUCUGCUUGCUAGGGGGUACUCCAAUACAUCUGGCCCCUCUAAUUGUUGGCUCUCUAUGGGUUUAGGGUUGGUUAAUAAAACAAGUGUUUAUUUUAACCUUCAGGCUUUCCGGGUUGCGGAGGACAAGCUGGGGAUCGCUGCUCUGCUGGAUGCAGAGGACAUGGUGGCCCUGAGGAUCCCAGACCGACUGAGCGUCCUCACCUACGUCUCCCAGUACUACAACUACUUCCACGGACGCAACCCUAGUAAGACUGUCUGUCUUGAGGCAGCUUUGUUACAUUGGAGCACUGGUCUAUACGCUGCACUAUAAGUGUUAAGUUUCCUUUCCUGGUGAGGUGUACAGUUAAGGUGAUUGUGGGAAGUACACAGGUGUCAUGUAGGGUUAAAUUGGGUGAAAAUAUUACUUCAAACCUGUUUAGUCUAAUGUGCCUGUCCUUUACAAUCAGUAGUAAAUUUAAAGCUUGGCAAAUGUUUUUUUUUUAUGCUUAUUGGUUUAUAAGAUAUUCUAUAUCCAAACUAUUUCAGUUUCACAUGCACAAAGCAUCUCUACUGAGCGAUUGGUUCAGGGAUUGUAGAUUUGAGUAUUGUGGCUCAACGCUCUAAUUUCUGAUGGCCAAUGUUUUUUUCCAGUUGGAGGGGUGGGUGCUGUGAAAAGACCAGCAGAGGGCUCCAAGGAGGAGCCGUCUGGAAAGAAGAAUCUCCCGGUGGUGGCCAAAACCAUAGUGUCUAAAACGGCCAUAGAGAAUCGACCACCUCGCUCCUCUCUCAUGGUGAAAACCUCCCCCGACGCAACCAGAGCUGCUGUCCAGGUUAGAGGAGUACAAAUGGCUUUUUAAUGUCUCUUAUUUAAUUCUUUUAAAUCAGAUGUUUGACUGGCAUACAUUUUGGUGAACUACUGAAUAUACAAAAGUAUGUGGACACCACUUCAAAUGAGUGGAUUUGGCUAUUUCAGCCACACCCGUUGCUGACCGGUGUAUAAAAUCAAGCACACAGCCAUGUAAUCUCCAUAGACAAACAUUGCAGUAGAAUGGCCUUAAUGCAGCGCUCAGUGACUUUCAACGUGGCACCGUCAUAGGAUGCCACCUUUCCAACAAGUCAGUUCGUAAAAUGUCUGCCCUGCUAGAGCUGCCCCGGUCAACUGUAAGUGCUGUUAUUGUGACGUGGAAACGUCUAGGAGCAACAACGGCUCAGCCUCGACGUGGUAGUCCACACAAGCUCACAGAACGGGACUGCCGAGUGCUGUAGCGCGUAAAAAUCACCUGUCCUCGGUUGCAACACUCAUGACCGAGUUCCAAACUGCCUCUGGAAGCAACGUCAGCACAAGAACUGUUCAUCGGGAGCUUCAUGAAAUGGGUUUCCAUGGCCGAGCAGCCACACACAAGCUUAAGAUCACAAUGCCAAGCGUUGGCUAGAGUGGUGUAAAGCUCACCGCCAUUGGGCUCUGGAGCAGUGGAAACACGUUCUCUGGAGUGAUGAAUCACGCUUCACCAUUUGGCAGUCCGACAGAUGAAUCUGGGUUUGGCCAGGAGAAUGCUACCUGCCCCAAUGCGUAGUGCCAACUGUAAAGUUUGGUGGAGGAAUAAUGGUCUGGGGCUGUUUUUCAUGGUUUGGCCUAGGCCCCUUAGUUCCAGUGAAUGGAAAUCUUAACGCUGGUUUGUCAAGAUCGGUGUGCAAGAACUUGACUGGCCUGCACAUAGCCCAGACCUUAACCCCAUCUAACACCUUUGGGAUGAAUUGGAACGCCAACUGCGAGCCAGACAUAAUCGCCCAACAUCAGUGCCCGAACUCACUAAUGCUGUUGUGGCUGAAUGGAAGCAAGUUCCUGCAGCAAUGCUCCAACAUGUAGUGGAAUGCCUUCCCAGAAGAGUGGAGGCUGUUAUAGUAGCAAAGGGUUUGACAAACCGGUGUCCUCAAACGUUUGGUCAUGUAGUGUAUCUCUAAAACAUCUAUUUUCUCUCUCCUCCACAGAAGACAGAGGUUUUGGUGGAGAGCUCCAAUAAGACAGGCACUCUGAGCAGUAAAUGUGUUGUGUGCAAAUGCCACGUUCAUCUGGUCCAACGGCACUUCAUCGAGGGGAAGCUUUACCACAGGAGCUGCUUCAAGUAAAUGUUCACUUUAAACAUAGAAAUCAGCUCCAUCAUUAUGGUUAAAACGUGUUGAGUACAGUUGGCAAAUAGAAAUCCAAUAUGGAUGGUGUUAAGAGAUGGAUGGGAGGUGUUGAAUGGAGCUGAAGGAUGGGACUAAUAACUAAUGUAAAGCAUACUGUGCCCAUAAUAAGUAUGUAGGUUGUAUGUUGGGAGCUUUUGUGAAAGAGCACAGUUAAAAAGAUAUGGCAUAUAGAAGCAAACCGGAUGGACGUCAUGAAAAUGAUCGGCGAGGUUGAGGGUAGAGGAAGUUCAGGAGUAAAAACAAACAAAAUAGAAUUAUUGCAAAAUUGACUGUGUCCAUAAAAUGUAUAUAGUAUGUAUAAGCUGGAAGUAGAGGCCUAAGCGUUGUUGUUUACUCCAAUUAGUGGUGGGGUUGGAAAGUAAUAAAGGGAAAUAUAUUUUUAAAAAGGAUGUGUAUAUAUAGAUAGCUAGAUCUCUCUCACACACAUUUAUUUAUAUAUAUAUAUAUGGGAUUGGAAGUGAUGCAGACAAUUACAUUGAUGGAAGUUACAAUCUAUCUGCAAUAUUAAAGCUGAUCUACCCCCUAAAAAAUAAUCAAAUAAAAUGCGUUGACACCUUUACGUUGCACCUUUCACCAGGUGCAGUGAAUGCUCCAAUGUCCUCCUGGCUGGGGCCUAUAAACCAGGGAAGGAGCCAGGUAGCUUCAUCUGUAAUGACCACCAGAACACCAAGAAUGGCUGCAACAAGCCUCCCUCCUCUGGGGCUGUCAUCCAAACCGGAUCCCCAAGCACCAACGUUGAAUCCAAAAGUGACACCAGCAGAGUCCAGUCUGUCUCCCGCCCCACCUCUGUGCCUUCGACCCCCGUCAAGGUGGUCUUGAAGCCCGUGGAGACCACCACCACCCCAGCUCCCCAACCAUGGACCAGCUCGGCCCGGAGAACCCAGGCAGCACGGCAUAGGUUCUUCCAGUCAUCUACCUCAUCCCCAGAGGGCCCCCCCCAGCAGCCAUAAGCCCCCAGCCCCCUCAGGACUGCCGAGGGUGCCCCUGAGUACUGAGGAAGAGAAGAACCGAGCCAGGGCUGUCAUUACCAAGAAACUAGUUGAGGCGAACUGCAACAACAAUAACACCAGAUACUUUGUUAUCCAACCAACAGAAAGGAGGUGAGAAAAGAAGGCCAGUGGGUUUACCUACAGGAUUUUAUUCUUGUUCAAGUGCGCAUGGCCACAGUUCAUCUCAUUUUGUGGAUGUCAGCUAAUACUGUAUGUACAUUUCCCAUCCUAAUGGUGAAAGUAUUGUCUCCCCAGGUUUGGAGACCUGCCAAGCUCAGCUGACCUCCCCAGCUGGAAGCAGGCUAAAUGUGGGUCAGGCACAGCAGGACAACAAGCAGCCCAACCCUUCACCAGCAAUAAGGAAUUGCUGAACACUGUCAAAAAAGCCAGUGCCGGACCAACAACUGUAUCCUCCACCACCAAAGGCAGGCUUUUUCAAUUCCACUUAUUUUUGAGAACUUUUUAAAAUCAAGUUCAGGUUCUUUCUAUAGGUCAUAUGGAACAAGAGAAACUUCAAAAGCUGGAACGCUUUCUAUUACCUUGUUGUUAAGACAAGGAUGUAGCCAUGAACAGCAUUUCCAUCCAGUUUAAGAGCAUUAAGAUAAGCUGCUAGUGCAUUAGCAGUCUUCACUAUCAGCCAUUUUUUUGUUAUUUUGGUCAUCCCAGCUUGUUUAGCCCUUUUUUUUUAAUUGUAGAAUUUGAUAAGGAGCUUGAAUCAUGCACUCUUCUUUCUAAGUGUAUAUCUCUUUGGCUGUAAAUGCAGACCGUGCAGAGGCUCCUGUUAACUGGCGAUCAAAGCUCAAGCCUGUUAAAAAUGGACCAGGACUGAAGUAAGUCUGGACUGCUCAUCAGUUAUCUGUUAAUCAACCUCUUUCUAAUCCUGUACAUCCACACAAAGGGAAGGCAGGUAUUGUCACCCGGGUGAGAGAUUCAGUUAUAUAUCUGGAGAGCUAACCAGUUGGGCAUCUCAUGUAUCCACUCCUCCAGCCUGCGGAUUCAUCCUGCCUCGCCCUGCUCAGUUAUGGCUGACUGGCUCAAAUUGCAGCCACUCUCCUCCCCCAUCCUCACAAGUCCAAAGGAGUGCUAUGGCUGAAAUGAACCGUAGUGCAACACUAACUAGUUUCCCAGAGUUCCCCCUGAUGACCCCUCCACUGUUUUCUCACCUCCCAUUAUUCCUAAAUAUAUAAGGUGAGGCUGAAUGUUCUGUCUGAACUUACUGUAUGUUCAAUCCAAAAUGGUUGAUUUCAGGGAGAGUCCAAUAUUUUCCUGCCCCUUACAUGCACCCUCUUUCUCCAGUACCUCUGACUCUGAGGACCGAGCGAUCGUUGUUGAGCAACCCAAACCUGAAGCCAUCUCGAAGUCUUUCGCUACUAGUAUCAUCGUCAACAUCAGCUCUACCUCUCCUCGGACUCCCCCAGCAGCCUUCAACCCUCUUCCACCUGGCCCUUUGUCUCACAGAGCUCCAUCUCCCAGGCAGCCCCGUCAUGGCUCUGGAGGCUUGGGUACAUGCUUUUGAUUAUCCUCUAUAGUUGGCAGAGUAGUGAUUACUGUCACGUAAAUGAUUUGAGUUAACAUUUUCGAUGACUUGUUGGGGUUUUAAAUGAUAUCGUGCUUCACCUUCUAGGUACUAGAAAUUGGAAUUAUUCUACUACUCUGUCGUCCACUCCUCCCCUGGUUCCUGUCUGGCACAGGGUCCCCAACUUCAAGUCAGCCUCACCACAGCUCUGCAGGAUCGGGUAAAGACUAGAACUCCACUCAGUGAUUGCAUCGCAACAAUGUAUUUGGAGUCUAUAUAUUGCAGUUUAUUAAUCGGUUACAUUUUGUUUGCUUUUUAGCCUCAAAGAAUGGCAGUUAUUCUCCCCCUAUGUCUCCUAAACAGCCUCACCAGGGCUCCACAGGUUAGACUGGGCUUUUCACUUUCUAUCACCAUUACCAGACAUUCUUUCUCAACCAUUGAUGUUUAAAAAAAAAAAAAUGUAUGUCUUAAUUUCUGAAAAAAACAAGCUAAGUCUCAUGUGACAAUGACUCCCUGACUGUCAGCCAUUAAAUAUGUAAUAAUCCUAUUUUAUCUACCUCUUAGGCUCUAAAAAUGGAAAUUAUUUGUCACCCACAAACACUUCCAGGUCUGAAAUUAGGUUACCCUUGGUAAGUUGACAGUUCUGUCUCAUACAUAAGCUCUAUUUAUCAGAGGCAGUAACGAUCCUAUGUGAAAUUAUCUAAUGUUCUUAUGAAAUUUCCAGUUCAUAGUUAGAUAAUUACACAGGAUUAGCAAUUCGUAGUUACACAAUGGGUUUUUCUUUGUUUUGUUCAGUGUAAGUCACAUCACAUCCCCAUGGAUCAGAUAGUGAAGGAGCUGCGUGAGAUUGACGACUGCCUGGGUGACUUGGAGAGGAAGGGAGUGGAGAUGGAGAAGAGGCUUCGCAGCUGUGAGGAAGGUACUUUCCAAGGAAAUUCUCUUUACUCCCUGUGUCCCUCCCUCCUUUGUUGAUGUUGACUAAUAGCGAUUUGUUCAUUUGCCAAAGCAUGUGGGAGAGUGGUGUCCUGUGCAUACUGGUCUGGCUUUUGAAGGACAUAAACAACAAGUGAUUCUGCACACAGUUAUGAUACUAAAGUUAUGUUAAAGAAGACUGACCAUGUUUCAACCCUAACUGGGUCUUUUUCAGGACAGGAUUUUGAAGGACACCAUGGGAGACUCUCAAUUGUGUCCUCUCUCCUCGCCGCCGCCUCAACCCAUUGGAUGAGAAAGCCAGUGGUCCCACCCCUCUGACCUUCUUCUCCAAUGGGUUUUGAGAAGGAGAGAGGAUGCGAGGAGUAUGCAAUUGAGAUUCUCCCUCUGCAUCAGUUUAUUUCCAAAUAGACCAGCCUUUAUGAUUAGAUAUUUAUUAAUGUACUUCAAUUGAAAUGGCCCAGUCCCUCCACUAUUCUCAGUGUUGAGUUGUACUCUGAUGGUGAGCCUGUUAUCCCUGCUAGCCCACCUGGGACUUUACACAGGAAUCCAAACCCACACAGCCUGGAGGGGAGAGGUGUGACUGGUGAACAGGUUCCAUUUCCCUCCAUGGCCAAAUGAGGCGAGAGGCGGGCACUGCCCACAUGAGGGCACCUCCUCCCUCUGAUACUAUCCAUCCCCCUUUGAGCGAUUGAGAGGUGGUGCUGAACAGCCCAAGAGACUGGCUGUGGCUACAGACAGAGCAGGAGGAAUAGGGUGCCUGAUUGCUCUGCUCAAGGUCACCAUCUGGGCACAGUUAUAUUAAUAUUAUCAUCUGGUUCACUGCUUUACUCACUCCUUACAUGCACCUGGCUGUCCUGCUGAUAGAAGGCAGGGUGAGUUAAUGGGACACUCUUCUCUCUGUCCCAGGCCAGUUUGUACUAUUGGCUGUGGCUGGUGUGUGUUUGUAUACACACAGCCCUUAGGCACUGACAAAGGCUCAAUGUGCAUGUUGGACUGGAACAAUGUGAUUCAUUUUGUUAAUUCAGUCUUGCACAAAUGUCAUUUAUUUUAUGUAUUGCCAAUGAACUUCCUUGACACUGGCCUUUUGCAGAGGGCGAGGGGGACAUUUUGAUGGACCCUCUGAUGGUUGACUGGUUCAACCUGAUCCGAAAGAAGCAGACAUGCAUUAGGAGGGAGUCGGAGCUUGUGUACAUGUGAGUACUUGUCAAGUUAAAUGUUGCCCAAAAGUAUAUACACUUCCGGAUUUACAAUGGCUUAAAAAUCACUUAUUGCAUUUGUCAGAGCUAAGACUCAAGACCUGGAGGAGCAGCAGCCUGGGGUGGAGGGUGAGCUGCGCAGACUGUUGGAGAAACCAGGUAGGAGGCACAAGGCUCACACACAGCAUCUCAACUGUUCACUUUACAUCCCCCUAACAGAUCAGCAGCUACCAUUUUGUAGUGUAGUGCUCCUAUGUCUAACACCGGUCUGUUUAUCCCUGGUAUCACAGAUCAUCUGAAGUCUACUUCGGAGCGUCGGCGAGAGGACAGGCUGAUGGAGAGGUUGAUGGAGAUUGUGAACGGUAGAAACGCCAUCGUAGAAGGACUGGAUGAGGACAGGCUCAGGUAGGGAAAAAGUGCAACUUUGUUGCUUGUACAAUUUGAUGUGAGUUGUGACCCAGUUUUUGAAAAUGUGUGGAGCAUUUCAAUAUCUGCAAUGGUCUCAAGUGGUGACGGGAGUGUCACUGAGAUCAAGCUGGAUGUCUAAGUUGAAAAACCACAACAUGUUCUCCAUUUUAGGGAAGAUGUAGAGGAUCAGCAAUUGAAUGAAAUGAUGCAGACUCUUGGUGAGUAUUUAAAGUGGUUGAUUUAAAAUGCCCCUGUUUUUAAACCCUGGGACGUGCCUUGCUUAAUGUAAUUUCCUCUUUGUUCUGGUGGACAGGACUUAAAAAAUCCAAAAUCAAGAGGAAGUCCUCCUUCAAAAUGCUGUUCAGACGAAAAAGUAGUAAAAAGUUCACAGUGAGUGAUCAGGGGACUGUGUUAUAAUUGUUCCAUCCUGCUCUGGGGGUUGCAGUAUGUGUUGUCGUGUCUGGGAUGUUUUAAAUUGGGUUUCUUUUCAAGAGGUGAUACGGAGUGUGUGUGUGUAUACAUCAACUUGUGUUCAUGGUGGUAUUGGAGUUCAGCUAAUAAGUAACAAGAUUAUGUUGCUGAGCCUGAAGGUCAAAGACCAACAUUCAGCUACAUAUCAGAUCGAGUUGGUGUUUUGUCGCAAAGGUUUGUUUAGAAAGGCUUUUUGUUUGAAAACAUUUAGUGUUCAGUUGUUGUUCUUGAGACUGGUCUCAUGACACUUGACUGAUCAUAAUCUGAUGUUUUGUUCCUUGUGGUGUAUAUCUAAGAUGUCACAAUUUUAACUUAUGGUUUGCUUGUUUUUUUUCACUCACUGUUUUUCCUCACAUCUAGGUUGGGAUUGUUGUGAAGGUGUUCGAGAGUCACUGUUAAAAUGAGUCAAAUGCAAAAUAAUGUAACUGGUAUUGUUGCACCGUAUAAUGGUAAAGGGAAAUACAUAUCACUGAUUUAAGUUGUUAGUAUCAAAAUAAUAGAAAUUGCCUUAAUGCGUGCUGAUUUUUUUAUUUAUUAUUAUUUUUUGCUUCAGUAGGUCUAAUUUUAAUACAGAUGUAUUUAUUUGAUUAUGCUUCCAAAAAGGAUGUUAUUAGUAACCAAACAUUGAAUAACAUUUUGAGUGGAAUCUGUCUGUAGACCGGGUGACGUGGUGAGCAGCAUGUUCUACGCUGCCACAUUUUUAAAGGCUGUAUUUCUCCUGUUGUGCUGUAGGUGGCACCAUGGUUUUACAGUGUGUUUUAUAUAUAUAGGAACCAGGCAUGAACCUGAAUCCCAAUUUGCCACAGUACAGGCAGUUAAUUUCUUUGCUAAUUUUAUAAAAGCUGCAAAAUGUUCCAACUCUGCUGAUGCAAUAACAUUGUGAAAGAUUACGUAGAACAGUAGCUUAUAGGCCAGGAAAAGGCUUAUAAACUAGUGGUUAUGUUGAGCUUUUUAAUCUUAAACCUGGUUCAAUUAAAC